AUGGCAUCCUUCGGUAGGAUACGUGCGCCUCCACUGGCACUGGUGUUUGCUCUUGUCUGUGUCUGUACGCUCGAGACAGUGAACGCGAUAGAGUGUUACAGUUGUGAGGGUGAAAAUUGUGUACGUGUGACCACGGCUGGUAUAACAAUCACCUGUGAGAACGCGAAUGACCUCUGCUACUCCAGAUACGAUUCGGUCACCCUGUUACCCACACAACGCGGUUGCCUAAAGCAGACGGAAACCUCAACCUGCACCGGAAACGAUUGUGUAUCUUGUAGCUCGGCAGACCUGUGCAAUGAAGCUGGCAGUCCUAGACAUCUAUGCGCUGUGUGUUCUUCGCUUGACGAUUCGAACUGUUUAUCCAACCCUAGCUCGCUGACGCCUAUGCAGUGUCCUUCCCCAUCCAAUGUGGAUUUGACUGCGGCACAGUGCUACAGCCGUGUGAUCGGUAAUGUGACAGAGCGCGCCUGCAUUACAUCGCAAGCUGAUGUGGAUAGUUGCACAGGAGUGGACUGUGCCACCUGCACCGGAAGCGGUUGCAAUCGGGUUGAGUUCCCCACCGACAGGAUCCAGUGUGUACAGUGUGAUAACGCUGAUAGUUGCAACACGGAUGCGACCUCCUCCGUCUAUUGUGAUAACGUGGAGGACGUGUGCGUUACGAUGCGUCGAGCAAAUGGUAAUGUCAUGAAAUCAUGCAAAAAUACAAUGCUGUCUGCCGACCUGGCCUACUGUCUGUCCAAUCCAUCCCAAUGCAAUUAUUGUGGGAAGAAGCUUUGCAAUAGUGUGGCUUUUAGUGCUAGUGCUGCCACGAAAAUUUGCUAUCAAUGUGAAGGCUCCGAAUGUCUAAAGUCAAGUGCCAAGCUCGUAAGCUGCCAGCUAACAGAUGAGGAUUGUUACAGCAAGUUUAGUGGAUUCAAUCCAACACAACGUGGUUGCACGCGAGAGCUAACGAGGACGGAGAUGGCCAACUGCAUCGAACCUGAGUGUGUUAUUUGUAGUGAAUCAGAGUGUAAUUUAGUGUCUCGGGCGGAUCACCGUUGUGGAUACUGCUCCACUAUCCAAGAUUCCAGCUGCAUUGCUCCUGCCACUGGAGCUCUAUCCAUUGUCCAGUGUCCAGCACCUUCAACGGAUGUUUCCGAUGCACAAUGCUAUACGAAAAUUAUUGGUGGAUUAGUUACGGAGCGUGGUUGCAUUAGUGGUGCGUCGGAUCUUCUUGGUUGUGCGACGGAUGGACGCAACUGUGCGACCUGUAACAUCGAAAGCGACGGAGAAGCCUGCAAUAGUGGCCUUUUCCCAAGUGAUCGUCGACGAUGUACGAUCGGCACGACUGCCAACGCUUACUGUCCGAAUCCGUGGGAUGAUUGCGUGCAGCUUUUACAGAGCGGAACACGGAAACGUACCUGCCGAUCAUCGCUGACCGAACUGGAACAAAGCUUCUGCACGAACAACACCAACCGAUGCCAUUUCUGCUCUACGGACAAUUGUAACGCUGCGGAAAUUAACUUCAACUAUAUCGAGUGUCUUUCCUGUGACUCGUCGACGGAUAGCAGAUGCGCUACAAAUCCUUCUGCACUGAAUACCUUCGAAAAGUGUGCCAGCUGUGCAAGUGCCCUUAUCACCAGCGGUGGAAAGAACAUCACACGGCGAGGAUGUCUCGCAAGUCUCCCGUCAAAUGUGUCGGGUCAGUGUAGCGUUACGGCCGGUAGUGCCUGUCAACGAUGCUCAACUAACCGCUGCAAUGUGGUCAAUUUCCCAUCGGAUCGCUUGCAAUGCUACCGAUGCGUGGAUCCACCCUGUGUGUCACAUCAGACCGUACAUCUCGAAUACUGUCCAGAGUAUCGUGCAGGAGACAGUUGCUUGCUGGAAUCGGACACCUCGGGUCAGCUACUUCGAUUGGACUGUCGCAGCUCGUUAACGGAAAGCGAACUGUCCGCAUGUUCGGGUCGCUGUCAAACGUGCUCAACUGCGGGCUGUAAUGACCCGAUGGCUUAUGGCACUUCCGGUAGCUGCAUACAAUGUCGCAGCUCGUUACACUCGCUCUGCCGCUCUGAUGCACUCGAAAUGGCACCAGAACCAUGCAACGAUCCUGCCAACUCUCAAUGCUACAGCCGGCUGGUGGACGGUGUGACCGAGCGAGGUUGUAUGAGCGAUCUAACAGCAACGGAUUCCAGUGCGUGCACACGUGGUGAGAACUGUCUCGUGUGUAAUUCGCGGACUAGCAACUGCAACACGGUACAGUACCCGGUGGCACCGCUCACCUGCUUCCAGUGUGAUUCACUCACCGAUGGCGAAAGCUGCAAAACCGCCCAGACGGGAACGGCACCCGAAUGUCCGACGUACGACACCGCCAACAAGUGCUACACGAUCGUACAGUCGAACGGGGACACUGUGCGGAAGUGUUCGACGCAAGCGCGAGAGGUCGAGUGUGGCACGGCUAGCGGUUGUGAGGUUUGUCUCUUCCGUGGAUGCAACACUAAGGCCAGUUCGGCAGUCGGUGUUACGGAGGCACCUGUACGCACGACAACACCGGGCCCAACUAACGACGCAAGCCGGGCGAUUGGUAGCACUACGAUGCAAAUCGUUAUGCUGUUGGCAGUUUGGCUCGUUUUGAGCAAAGUAGAAUAG